AUUCGAAUCAAUCAAUUAAACUUGACAAUGAAAUUUUUAAUAUCAUUAUUAAUUACAUUGGUUACUGUGGCCGCAGUAGUCAAUGGACAUGGUUAUGCCAUCUUCCCAGUCGCCAGACAACAGGUGUGUAAUCAAAACAGUGCCAACAACAUCUACUACCCUGAGGACGGUUCUGGUAUUGUCGAUGCUCCAUGCCGCGCUGCCUUCAAACAUGUUGCCGCCAAGAGUGGUAACUCUGCCGCCCAAAUCCAAUUCAUCCAGACCCAAGAGUACGCCGUCAUGAUCCCCGCCUAUGCCCAGGGAUACUCUGCUCUCACUGCCGCCGUCCCCAACAACAUCUGUUCUGCCCACGCCAUCAAUGCCGGAGCUGGAUUUGGUGACAAGUCUGGAAUGUCAAUCGCCAACACCUGGAAGCCCAACUUGAUCUCAGUCGCCUCCACCUCUGAAACAUCCAAGACCAUCGACUUCCAAUGGUGUGCCACCGCCGCUCACGACCCAAGCCACUGGGACUUCUACGUCUCGAACCCAGGUUAUGACUACACCAACUCUGAGCUCUCAUGGGAUGACCUCACUUUGUUGACUUCGAUCGGUGAUGUUCCAACUAUUGACGGCCAGAUCCCAGGCUGUUCCGCUUCCAAGUACUAUGAGAUGAGCAUUACCCUCCCAGCUCGCUUCGACCCAGCCACUUUGGUUGUCAGAUGGCAGAGAGACGACCCAGCUGGAGAGUGUUUCAUCAACUGUGUCGACUACAAGUUCACAGCCAACGGUGGUGCAGAUACUACCACAUCCACUACCAGUAAGCCAACAUCCACAUCCACAUCCACCACCCAGAACCCAACCACCACCUCCACCACCUCGACCACUUCGACCACCUCGACUACCAAGGCUGCCACCACCUCAUCGACCACCUCGGCUAACCCAACUACCACCUCCACCACCUCAGCUAAGCCAACUACCACCUCCACCACCUCGACCACCUCGACUACCAAAGCCCCAACUACCACCUCCACCACAAAGGCAGCUACUACUAGCUCGACCACCACCACCUCGACCACAUCAUCGACCACCAAGGCCUCCACAACCACUUCAUCAACGACUGACCAGACUCCACAAACCACUGUACCAUCAACCACUGUCCACGAUACAACAACCAACCCAGAGCCAUCUAGUGCUGUUGUCCUCGUCCCAGGUUCAACCAUGUUGCUCUUGAUCGUCAUUGCC